GCGAGGGCCCAGCAAGGAUUCUCCCCAGCGCCCGCGCCUCCCGUGGCAUCUGUGCACGGACCGUGUCCCGUGCCGUGUAGGGAAAGCUGCCUCUUUUCUUGGGACGCGGAUUCCUCUCACCGCCUCCUCGCCUGACGCAGGAGGCGUGAUCACCUCGUUUCACUCCGCCCCCUGGCCGCCUCCGCAUCAAGGGCCGGGGCUCCGCUGGGGGCGACUUCCUUGUUCGUGUCAAUCCAGCCAAAAGACAGAACCGAAAGAGACUGCGGGGCGAAGGCAAGAUGGGUCUGUGGAAAAGAACUGUUGGCGGAGAGCGGUCCACGUUUUCCUGGAGAAAGACGAGGUCGCAAAGGCAUCAUCGUAAGAGGAGACCAGGCUGCGCUGGGUCUUUAUUUCGUCACCAUCGGGUGGGGAGACCAGCCUCGUACCUGCUGGACGGGGGGCUCAUUUCCCUCUGCCAGGCAGGAGGCUGACCACCAGAUACCGGAUGUAGGGAGGCGGCGCGUGGACGGCGAGGGCCCAGCAAGGAUUCUCCCCAGCGCCCUCGCCUCCCGUGGCAUCUGUGCACGGACUGUGUCCCCUGCCGUGUAGGGAAAGCUGCCUCUUUUCUUGGGACGGAUUCCUCUCACCCCCUCUUCCUCCUCGCCUGGCUAUUCCUGACGCAGGUUGUCAGGACUCCGUUUGGGUAUCACCCGUUCGGGAAGCCUCCCUUAAUUAAGGGCCCUCCUCACCCCCCCAUAUGUGGCUGGCAGCCCUCCUAUGUAUUUCAUCGCACCCCGUUAUUUCUAUCAGCUACUCUGCUCACGGCCCUUCCAGGCAGUCCUUUAUCUCCCCUUCUGAAAUCCCAUCAAUGAGGACUGAGACCCUCAUCAACACUUAUCCCCGUUUCCCCGCGCUAGUCUGGUGCCUGGAGAUUUGAAGACCUUCAGUAAACCUUUGUGGAGCGAAGAAAUUACGGAUAGGCUGUGAUAAGCACCACAGGCUCAGACGGGACACAGUUAGAAGGCUCUUGGCCCUGGCAGGCGUGAAGGGGGAAGAUCGGGCUCGGGGUGGCAGGACACCAGAGGACUGGAGUGUCUGCCGGGUGCUCUGGGGGAAGAUGGGCGUCAAGGCCCCCGGCAAAGUUGGGUAAGUCUCUUUGAGACACAGACUGCCGUCUGUAGCUUCUGCAUUUACCUUUCCCGUCCUCCUUCCUAACACUACAGUGGAGUUGGGAGUUUAUGGCUCUUUUAUUUGAUUUCGGAAAAGCAAGAAGCUAUCAUAGAUCCGAUAGUGACACUCAGCUAGUCACGCUCCCCCUGCAGGAUGCCUGUUGAACAAACAACCAGGUCAAAAAAUAAAAGCUAUGCCUAUCCCAAUGACAGCCUCGGGCUGAGGGCUCUAAUUCACUCAACCGCCUUAAAAGGUGGGCAUUAUUGUUAGCCACAGCCAGGAUUAGGGUGAGGCCAGUCCUCCAGGGCUGAAUUUCAGAAGGUGUUUCUCCUGAACCCUUCAGUAAUCAAAGUAAAUAAUAGUUCAAUGCAAUAUAUCUUAUUUCAAUUAUUAGAUAAUCAAGACAUUUAUCUGGAUUGCUGAGUCUUGGUGCUCCCUUACUUUUUUUUUUUUCCAUCUCAGCAAGGGUUUCCCUCAUUUCACUUUACCCCAAUCUCCACCCUGUCAUUGUCAUCUCUAUUCUAUUAUCCUGAGAAGGACAAUAUGGCAGCCACCCAUCUCAGCCUCCCUAAAUGCUGGGAUUAUAGGCGUGAGCCACUGUGCCUGGCCUAUGUCUGUCUGUCUGUAUGUAUGUAUCUAUCUAUCUAUCUUUUGAGAUAAGGUUUCCCUCUGUUGUGCAGGCUGGAGUGCAGUGUUACAAUCUUGGCUCAUUCACCAUACAUCAAGAUAAAUGCCAAGUGGGUCAAAGAUUUCAAAGUGAAAAAAAUGGAACCAUAAAAGUAUAUAAGGGCCAGGCAAGGUGGUUCAUGUCUGUAAUUCCAGCACUUUUGGAGGCCAAGGUGGGCGGAUUGCUUGAGUCCAAGAGUUUGAGACCAGCUUAGGCAAUAUAGCAUGACCUUCUCUCUACAAAUAAGUUUAAAAAUGAUAAUAAAUAAAAAUUUUAAGAAGGUGGACUGAAAAGACAUAUAGAGGAGGCUGGGGAUGGUGGUUCAUGCCUGUAAUCCCAAUACUUUGGGAGGACAAGGUGGGAGGAUCACUUGAGCCCAGCAAUUCAAGACCAGCCUGAACAACAUAGGGAUACUAUGCAAAAAUAAUCAUAGUAAUAAUAAUAAUAAAUUAAAAAUUAGCCAGGCGUGGUGGUAUGUACCUGUGGUUAUAGCUACUCAGGCAGGCUGAGGCAGGAGCAUCACUUGAGCCCGGGAAGUUGAGACCAGCCUGAGCAACAUAGUGAAAUACCAUCACUAUUAAAAGGAAAAAAUGCAGUAAAAUAUGAAGCUUUUUUCUUUCUUCUUCCUGCUCUCUCCACUUGUCUCGGUGUUUUUCACUUUCUUUCUUUCUUUUUUUAAAUCAUUAUUUACAAUAGCCAGGAUGGUGUUUUUCACUUUCUCCUUUAUGCUGCACUAGAGUGCAGGCUCUUGCAGGAGCCCAGAGCCCUCUGUCUCACAACUUACGAUGGUCCCUGUGACCUCAAAACUCAUUAGCGAAGGAGGAGGUCUGAGCUCCCAGUGGGGUAACCAGUCAUCCCAGUUUGCUAGGGGAUCAGGAGUUUCCUGGAAUAUGGGACUUUCAGAACUAAAACUGGCAAAGUUCCAGGCAAUCCAGGGGAGUUGGUUACCCUAGACCUCUGAGCUGUAAUAGACCUCAGAGUGGGCUCCAAAUUUGGGGGGAAAUUAGAACAACCAUUCUGACAGUUCACAGGGGGCUAUCCCCAAGGGUGGCACACGCUGAACGGAUGUGGUUGGGGGGGCGGAUGCAGCUGGUUUUCGGUGGCCUCAAGAACCUGCAGGGAGGCAGAGGACCCCCCCCCCCAACUGUGCACUUCUUGCCUUUCACACACCAAGUCCCAACAGCCCAUAACACCUCUUGCACCAUUAAGACCCUCAUUCUGCUCCUCAGGAAGUCCUGGCACCCAGGCCAUGAAAGCUGGUUCUGAGACAGACAUACUUGCUGAGACUGAGGUGACCUCCUUUUACCCACACCUACGAGCCUGAGAGUUUCCUUUUGUGUCCAAUAAGGACUAAUCCUGGGUGGUCGACGGCUGCCUGUCUGCAAGGUCACAGAAGGACCUGACUGCCACCUCUCGUUGCUUUCCUGAUAGCUCCCUUGGUCUCCUGGAAGCUCUCCAAUGCCAUCUCAGUCCUUGUUCAAGUCUACAUUUUCUGGAGAGAACCCUUCUUGGCACUGUCGCCUCUGUUGCUGUAACUGUCCUCCAAAUCUCCAGUCCCCUUCUCUAGCCACCCCUAGAAAUACCUCUUGGGAACCCCCAUCUCCAGGCUGUCUGAAUUCCUUCUGGCCUCUCAGUCCCUGGAUGCUGAGGGCCACUCCCUUUUCCUUCCUCAAGUCCUUACUUUCCUUGGCUUCGGGCACUUGCAGUUUUGUGGCCUUUUCAAGUCCCAUGGUUUUCCUUGUGCUUCUCCAGAUGCUGCUUCUCCAUCCUUCACUCGAUUUCCCUGCCUUGAAUGUAGAGAUGCUCAUGACAGUGUUAUGGGCCACUUUCCUUCUCUCACCCCAUUUCUCCCUGGGGAAUCCCACCCAUCUCAGGGCUGGUGGGUCUGUUUCUCACUGACUACCCAGGUCCACCCCUCCAGCAAAGGCCUCCCCUGAGCUCCAGGCUCCUGAGAAAAUGCACUCUGGACAUCUGUCACCACAUGGAUAGCCUGCAGACAUCACACCAUGGCUGCAACUGAGCUCUUGAAAACCUUCCGGAGACUGGCGUGGUGGCUCUCGCCUGUAAUCCUAGAACUUUGAGAGGCUGAGGCAGGUAGAUCACUUGAGCCCAGAAGUUCAAGACCAGCCUGAGGAACAUGGUGAAACCCCAUCUAUACUAAAAAUACAAAAAUUAGCCAGGUGGUGGCACAUGCUUGUGAACCUGGGAGGCAGAAGUUGGAGUGAGCUGAGAUCAUGCUGCUGCACUCCGGGCUGGGUGACAAAGCAAGACUUUAUCUAAAAAAAAGAAAAUUAAAAAAAAAUUAGCCAGGCAUGGUGGUGCGCGCCUGUAGUCCCAGUUACUUGGGAGGCUGUGGUGGGAGGAUCACUGAAGCCCAGGAUGUGGAGGUUAGAGUGAGCUGAGAUCACACCAUUGCUCUCCAGCCUGGGCCAUAGAGUGAGACCCUGUCUCAAAAAAAAGAAAAAAAUGCUUCCCCACCCUGCAGCCAUCUCCUGCCUGCCUCAGUCAGUGUUCCCUGGACCUAUUAUUAGACUAUGUAAAUUGAUGGAAAAUGUCAUCAAAAUUAGAAUUUCUGCUCAAAUAACGUUCAUUUUGAUUUAGUAUCACUCACACACUACAAACUUGAAGAGGGUGUUUUUUGUUUGUUUUUGUUUUGUCUUGUCUUGUUUUUUUGAGACCAAGCCUUGCCCUGUUGCCCAGGCUGGACUGCAAUGGUGAUCUCGGCUCACUGCAACCUCAGCCUCUCGGGUUCAAACCAUUCUUGUGCCUCAGCCUCCAGAGUAGCUGGGAUUACAGGCGCCCGCCACCACACCCAGAUAAAUUUUGUAUUUUUAGUAGAGACAGGGUUUCACCAUGUUGGCCAGGCUGGUCUCAAACUCCUGACCUCGUGAUCUGCCUGCCUCAGUCUCCCAAAGUGCUGGGAUUACAGGUGUAAGCACUGAGCCCGGCCUGAAGAGGAUGUGUUUUCUUUUUCCUUAUUCUUUUUUUCUUUUUUUUUUUGAUACGGAGUCCCACUCUGUUGCCCAAGCUGGAGUGCAGUGUGGCACGAUCUUGGCUCACUGCAACCUCUACCUCCCAGGUUCAAGCAAUUCUCUGCCCCAGCCUCCCGAGUAGCUGGGAUUACAGGCACACGACACCAUACCCAGCUAAUUUUUGUAUUUUUAGUAGAGACAGGGUUUCAUUAGCUUGGCCAGGCUGGUCUUGAACUCCUGACCUAGUGAUCCACCCACCUCAGCCUCCCAAAGUGCUGGGAUUACAGGCGUGAGCCACCGCGCUCGGCUGGUGUAUUUUUUAAUAUCCAAUCUGAAACUGCAGGAAAGGCCCUGUCUGAAAGGAAGACUUCGGAAGCCGAGACAAAGGAACCUGAAUUAACUUCACCCUCGGCGACUCAGCUGUUCUUCACCAAUCGGGCAGUGACAAAUAUAUCCACCAGGGGGCAGCAUCUGCUCAUUUCUAGCCCUUGGCUCCACCCUGGGACUUGAUUUUGGGAUGGUUGCCAGGGAAAGAGCUCUUGGUUGGGGAGAAGGAUAUCUUUGGGGCCCUUUCACACAUUUUCCUUCCACACUCAGAGAUAGGUUCGGUUUUCUUCAUUUUGUUCAUGAGGAAACAGAACUGGGAUUUGAAAAAUUGGUCUUCGUUAUUCCCGAGCUUAUAACUGCUCCUUGGAGUCAUUCCCCAACCCCACCCCCCUACUCCUGCAGACUCCUCUUUCCCUCGUUUGUUCACGAAGACAGGUACUUAAGAUGCUGCAGAGACAAGCAGCCACUUCCUAGGCGAGCUCCACUCAACCUCCUACCCUCCUUUACUCCAGAGCAUGGACUGUUAUGGGGGAAAGGACCUGGAAACAUCUAAGCCCCUCAUUACAUCAUUACAUGCUGAGGAAACCGAGGCUUCCAGGAGGGGAAGUGACUUUUUUUUUUUGAGAUGAAGUCUCCCUCUGUCACCCUGGCUGGAGUGCAGUGGCAUGAUUUCGGCAUACUGCAACCUCUGCCUCCCUGGUUCCAGCUAUUCUCCUGUUUCAGCCUCCCAAGUAGCUGGGACUGCAAGCAUGUGCCUCCAUGUCCUGCUUUUCAUUUUACUUUAUUUUUUUUAAAAAGGCCGGGCAUGGUGGCUCACGCCUAUAAUCCCAGCACUUCGGGAGGCCGAGGCGGUGGAUCACAAGGUCAAGAGAUCAAGACCAUCCUGGUCAACAUGGUGAAACCCCGUCUCUACUAAAAAUACAAAAAAAUUAGCUGGGCAUAAUGGCACAUGCCUGUAGUCCCAGCUACUCGGGAAGCUGAGGCAGGAGAAUCGCUUGAACCCAGGAGGCGGACGUUGUGGUGAGCCGAGAUUGUGCCAUUGCACUCCAGCCUGGGUAACAAGAGCGAAACUCUGUCUCAAAAAAUAAUAAUAAAUAAAUAAAGAUGGGGUUUCACAAUGAUGGCCAGGCUGGUCUUGAACUCCUGACCUCAGGUCAUCCACUCACUUCGGCCUCCCAAAGUGCUAGGAUUACAGGCGUGAGCUACCGUGCCCGGCCUUUUUUUUUCUUUUGAGACCGAGUUUCACUCUGGUUGCCCACACUGGAGUGCAAUGGCGUGAUAUCGGCUCACUGCAACCUCUGCCUCCCAGUUUAAGUGAUUCUCCUGCCUCAGCCUCCUGAGUAGCUGGGAUUAUAGGCAAUUGCCACCACGUCUGGCUAAUUUUUUGUAUUUUUAGUAGAAACAAGGUUUCACCAUGUUAACCAGGCUGGUCUCAAACUCCUGACCUUAGGUGAUCCGCCCACCUCGGCCAUCCAAAGUGCUGGGAUUACAGGCAUGAGCCACUGAACCCAGCCUGCCCUGCUAAUUUUUUUUAUUUUUAGUAGAGACGGGGGUUUCAUCAUGUUAGCCAGGCUGGUCUUGAACUCCUGACCUCAGGUGAUCCGUCCACCUAGGUCUCUCAAAGUGCUGGAAUUACAGGCAUGAGCCACCACGCCCAGCUGGAAGUGGCUUCUUACUUUUUCAAGCCACUCUAUUAGUGAGGGAUGGAAUAAUGGGACUCACGUGCUAUCAGCCCGGGUUCCAGCAUGCCCUGAGGGCAACCUCUCUGUCCAGUGUCAUCCCCAUCUUUGGCCCUGUUUUUCUCUUUAAGAUCCUCCUCAUCAGUAAGGCCUAAGAGUUCUAUACUACUCAGACACUGCCUAGAAAUGCAAGGAUGGUAGGAAUUAUUGGCCAACCCAGUAUCAACAGAACCCCAAGGGCCCAAGGACCUCAGGCUGGGAAACUCCCAAGCUAAGGGUGGAGGUUUGGCUCUUAUACUUAGGGAGCCCUCUGAGGACAUUUACUCCAUCACGCAUUCAUUUAUUCACACAAGAUUUUCUGACUGCCUGUGUGUGCCAGGCAUGGUGCCGGGCAUGGUGGAGCUACAGAUCAGAACCAGCUGCUUCCCUUGAUGGCUUAGUCUGGUGGAGGAGACAGUUCUGAGGAAGAAUGAUGCUUAUCUGACUUGGUGUCACUUAAACCUUGGCUCAGUGUCCCCUCUUUGAAAGGUUCUCCAGUACACUCUUCCUCCAGUCUAAAGUAGUUCUCUAGCCACAUGUGGUGGCCCGUGCUCAGGAGUCUGAGGUGGAGGAUCUCUUGAACCCAGGAGCUCAAGGCUGCCAUCAUCUAUGAUCUCGCCACUGCACUCCAGCCUGGGUGACAGAGCGAGAUCUUGCCUGUAAAAAAUAAUAAUAAUAAUUUUUAUUUUGAAAAAAUAUGGAAUGCUUCACAAAUUUGCAUGUCAUCCUUGCGCAGGGGCCAUGCUAAUCUCUGUAUCAUUCCAAAAAAAGAAAGAUUGCUUAAUGUACAAAUGUUCAGAUGGUCUCAGCAGUAUAGGCUUAUAGCUUAGUGCUACCUGGGCAAGCCGGGUCCCUUUCUUCACCCUCCCCAGCCCCACCUUCUGCUUCCCAUUUGUUCAUUAACACCUUUUCUGGCAAACAUGAAAGACUGAAGGGUGGGAUGGGAUUGUCAGUUUCAUUUCCUUUAUCAGAUAAGUGACAAUUUCUGUCUUGGGUGUGAGUCCCAAGAUAUAUUAGAGGAGCCAUGUUAAAGAAGCUUCAAAGAUUGUGGCCAAAACAAGGGAACUUGUGUGUUUUCAGUUUCUGUGUGUUUUCAGUCUCAUAGACAUUAUAACAUCAGUUUCUAGCUGGAUGACCUUCAACAAAUUACUUAAUCUUUCUGUGCUUCAGUUUCUUCCUUUUAGACUAACCAUACUUACUUCAUGGGGUUGACUUGUGUAUUUUUUUUUAAGACAGAGUUUUGCUCUUGUUGCCCAGGCUGGAGUGCAGUGGCGCGAUCUUGGCUCACCACAACUUCCACUUCCCAGGUUCAAGUGAUUCUCCCGCCUCAGUCUCCCAAGUAGCUGGGAUUACAGGCAUGCACCAUCAUGUCUGGCUAAUUUUUUGUAUUUUUAGUAGAGACGGGGUUUCUACUAAACUAAACCCCGUUGGUCAGGCUUGUCUCGAACUCCCGACCUCAGGUGAUCUGCCCACCUUGGCCCCCGAAAGUGCCGGGAUUACAGGCGUGAGACACUGCACCUGGCAGACUUGUGUAUUAAAAAAGGAAAAGUAAGCAAAGUUCAUAGACCAGAGCCUGGCGCCCAGUGGCUACUCAGCAAUGCAGUGUUUCUUAACCCCUGGGCCUGCUCCGUCUUCCCCUCUCCUAACUUCACCAUGCUCAGCUCUAUCACUGGAACAUUAGCUGCUGCUGCAGUCUGUCAUGCUCCAACUUGGGUGUAACAAACUAAUUUCCUAAGGUCUUAAUCUUAGACUAAUUUCCUAAGGUCUUUAGGGAUUUGGGGAGGCUCCCUGCGUUGCUGGAGAAACCAGGUGGCUGGUUUUGUAGUGCAGGGGGAAAAAAGGAGGUGGCAAGGCAUGCUGGUGACAAACAGAUGGGAAGCUUAUUUAUCAGCACUUGAUUGAGGAGGGUGGGAAGGAAAAGGCUGGGCCCUGCUGUCUGGCAGUGACUUCCCUUCUCCUUUUCCAAUCCCUCUCACACAUAGCUUUUUAAAAAAAGGUUAAUAUUGAACUAUACAAUAAAUCAAUGAAUCCAACCUCCAGGCAAAAAUGGGAAUAUUAAAGUUACAACGUACAACUUCAUUCUUCUCUGAUUUGCCCUCCCCCUCCCCCGCAAUUCCACCUAAUUACUGUUGUCCUUUUGGUCACAGUGCCCCUUUGUGACAUCUCCUUCCUUUCAGGGCUGCCGAGACUGUAGCAGGCUGCAGUGGCUGGGGAGACUCCACUUGUUCCUGUGCCCCUCCUAACCAGUCCUACACAGGGCUAAAGAACUUCUGUGAACCUUUCCAGAAGCUUCCAGUUGACAUAUUCUCUCUCUCCUCUGAAAUCCUACAAGUGCUAUCUCAUGAUUUACAAAGACCCAAUAUAUGUGCUGUCUCAUUCUACCCUGCUAGUGAUCAGUCUUAAGCCCUCUGAGGCCUGGUUCUACAGCCGAGACAGCCUCUAUUUUUCCAUGGUCUCUCUGUCUUACUCAGAGCACACAGUAUGAAUGAGAUCAGUAAACAUACUGGUUUUUUGUCUGUUUGUUUUGUUUUGAGACAGAGUCUCGCUCUGUCGCCCAGGCUAGAGUACAGUGGUGCAAUCUCAGAUCACUGCAACCUCCACCUCUGAGUUCAAGCGAUUCUCCUGCCUCAGCUUCCUGAGUAGCUGGGAUUACAGGCCUGUACCACCACAACCGGCUAAUUUUUGUCUUUUUAAUAGAGACGAGGUUUCACCCUGUUGCCCAGGCUGGUCUCGAACUCCUGAGCUCAAGUGAUAUGCCUGCCUUGGCCUCCCAAAGUACUGGGAUUACAGGUGUGAGCUACUGCACCUAAACACACUGUUGAGUGAUAAAUAAUUCUGUCGCUGUCAAUCUAUUUUAACAAGGAAGGCCUUUGAGGGGUCUGCUGCUGGACUAAACUCAGCUGGCAAUUGAGGGAUUUCUAUUGAGGAUGCUUAGCCCUACAGCUUCCCUGAUAAGAGAGGAGGGAAAGCCAAGUGGUGAGGGGCCCAGGCUCUGGACUCAGACAUCCUCGCUCAGCCACUUACUAGCUAUGUGUAACCUUUGAUAAGUCAUUUAACCCUUCAUGGCUUUGUUUAUCUGUAAAAGGCAGACAGUCCCUAACAGGCUCUUGUGGGUAAUGGUCUUAGCACUGCGAAGCAGCUGCUUUGUGCGGUUCCAGGUUCACAGAGGUUUGACAAUUGAAUUAUGAAGGAUAAAGGAGAAAGACUUGUCAGCCUCUAUAUGGAGUGGUAUUUCUGCCUGGGGGAGGGGAUGCGGUGAUAGUCCAAAUAUUAGGGUAUUCAUAUAUUUCCUCCGGAGUCAAACGCUGCCAGGCAUGUUCCUUUUGCCCCUCCCACCCUUCAUUCCGGAUUAAUUUCAGGUUUAAUUCCAAAUAUUCGAAUGCGAUUGAAAAAAAUCAAAUAGAGCGACCACAAAUUGGGAAAGCGUCUCUUCACUUGCGGCGGGGGCUGCAGCGCCAGUAGCUCCACGCUCCACCCCGCCCCGCUGAUUGGUCCGCGUCUCGUGACGUCACACGCGAGUUUUUAAGGCCGAGCCCUAGGCAGCCUCCUCAGAGGCGGCGGUAGAGGCGCGCAGGGUGCUUGCAGGGGUCUCGCGGGGCGGAUGCAGUGUUUGGCCGGGAAAGGAGCGAGGAGAGCGCGGCUCACAAGAGGAGUGCACCCUGGAACCUGCCAUUUCAAGGCCUCCUCCCUGCCUCUGCUAGGCGCCUUAGUUCACUAUGGGGAACCACUUGACUGAGAUGGCACCCACCGCCUCCUCCUUCUUGCCUCACUUCCAAGCCCUGCAUGUCGUGGUCAUUGGGCUGGACUCUGCUGGAAAGACCUCCCUCCUUUACCGCCUCAAGUUCAAGGAGUUUGUCCAGAGUGUCCCCACCAAAGGCUUCAACACCGAGAAGAUCCGGGUGCCUCUCGGGGGGUCGCGUGGCAUCACCUUCCAAGUGUGGGACGUCGGGGGGCAGGAGAAGCUGAGACCGCUCUGGCGCUCCUACACCCGCCGGACAGACGGGCUGGUGUUUGUGGUGGACGCUGCGGAGGCCGAACGGCUGGAGGAGGCCAAGGUGGAGUUGCACCGAAUCAGCCGGGCCUCGGACAACCAGGGUGUGCCCGUGCUGGUGCUGGCCAACAAGCAGGACCAGCCCGGGGCACUGAGCGCUGCUGAGGUGGAGAAGAGGCUGGCAGUCCGAGAGCUAGCAGCCGCCACUCUCACCCAUGUGCAAGGCUGCAGCGCUGUGGACGGUCUGGGCCUGCAGCAGGGCCUGGAGCGCCUCUACGAGAUGAUCCUCAAGAGGAAGAAGGCGGCUCGGGGCAGCAAGAAGAGACGGUGACCCGAGCCCUCCACCUCCCUUGCCCCCCACCUAGUAGGGAUCUGCACACUUGGACAGCAGGGUGUGUGUGGCCAGCCUGUGACCUCUCAGUCAGCCUGGGUGCAGGACCCUUCCACCUCUAUGAAGGAUAGAGGAACAUGGAGGGGGGGUCCUGUUUGGUGCCACAUUGGGUUGGGGAUGGGAGAUAGGAUGGCUUUGCACAUCUCUCCCUCAUCCUCUCUUGAGAAGUGGGGGCUGCAGGAAUGUGGAGGUGUAAAUGUAAACUGUGACUCUACCUCUACCCCGUUCCUCGUUUUUGUUCUCUGGCUUUUUAAUUGGAUGUGUUUUGGUGGGGAUGGAAAGUGGCUUGGAGAAUGUGUUUGGGAUGAAAACGGUCUCCCCGUCCUCUGUCCCCGCAACUGGUGAGUCUCCCGAGGCUGCUUUUCUAGGGAUACCAGUCACAUAGUUUUUAUUUUUGUGUCUGUGAAAGUCCCCCAUAUUUGUAGAUCCAUGACCCUUUUUAUAAGCCGUGUGUGUCCUCUGUAUUAUUAUUAACUGUUUUUUAGCACUUGCCUGUAAGUUAUUAAAGACUGAUAACGCUGUAGCUCUUA